AUGGCACAAUGCGUGGUCAAUGGUCCGCCUCGCACAGCCAUCAUCGAUGUGGGGAGCUCAAACAACUACAAGCAGCACGCCAAGAAGGCUGCCGUUGCCGCAGCCAACUACCACCAACCAACUCCCAGCUUCAAAAACCUCGUGCAGAAGCACCAGUCCGCUCCGACCACCCCUAUAAGACCUGUCGUCAUUGUGGCAAGCGUGGCCACCCUGAGGAGAAGUGCUGGUGCCGACCAGCAGCAGGCAGCACCAUUGCUGCCACAAUUGGUAUCUCUGUCUACCACCACAAAAAGUCGGAGGCAUAACCACAUGGCCAAAUCCCAAGACGAGGAAUCCACCAUUGCCUUACUCGAGAAGCAGAUUCAGAAAGCCAAGAAAAAGGACAAAACUCCCGGCACAAAGGGAGGAGAAGCCUCUAAAUUGUUCAAUGAAAUGAUGGAAGAGAAAGAUGAGGCCAGCUCGUCUGAAGAUGAGGCCAGCGAGCCUCAAGAGAAUGCGAGCGAUGAGGCACUAUAUGCUUAG